AUGAAGGAUAACAUUGAAGAUGAUGAUUGUAAGAAGGAUAACAUUGAUGAUGAUGUUUGUAAGAAGGAUAACAUUGGAGAUGAUGAUUGUAAGAAAGAUAACAUUGAUGAUGAUGUUUGUAAGAAGGAUAACAUUGGAGAUGAUGAUUGUAAGAAGGAUAACAUUGAUGAUGAUGUUUGUAAGAAGGAUAACAUUGGAGAUGAUGAUUGUAAGAAAGAUAACAUUGAUGAUGAUGUUUGUAAGAAGGAUAACAUUGAAGAUGAUGUUUGUAAGAAGGAUAAUAUUGAAGAUGAUGUUUGUAAGAAGGAUAAUAUUGAAGAUGAUGUUUGUAAGAAGGAUAAUAUUGAAGAUGAUGAUUGUAUGAAGGAUAACAUUGAAGAUGAUGAUUGUAUAAAGGAUAACAUUGAAGAUGAUGAUUGUAUGAAGGAUAACAUUGAAGAUGAUUGUAAGAAGGAUAACAUUAAAGAUGAUGAUUGUAUGAAGGAUAACAUUAAAGAUGAUGAUUGUAAGAAGGAUAACAUUGAAGAUGAUGAUUGUAUAAAGGAUAACAUUGAAGAUGAUUGUAAGAAGGAUAACAUUGAAGAUGAUGAUUGUAAGAAGGAUAACAUUAAAGAUGAUGAUUGGAUGAAGGAUAACAUUGAAGAUGAUGAUUGUAUAAAGGAUAACAUUGAAGAUGAUGAUUGUAAGAAGGAUAACAUUAAAGAUGAUGAUUGGAUGAAGGAUAACAUUGAAGAUGAUGAUUGUAAGAAGGAUAACAUUGAUGAUGAUGUUUGUAAGAAGGAUAACAUUGGAGAUGAUGAUUGUAAGAAAGAUAACAUUGAUGAUGAUGUUUGUAAGAAGGAUAACAUUGGAGAUGAUGAUUGUAAGAAGGAUAACAUUGAAGAUGAUGAUUGUAUGAAGGAUAACAUUAAAGAUGAUGAUUGUAUGAAGGAUAAAAUCGAAGAUGAUGAUUGUAAGAAGGAUAACAUUAAAGAUGAUGAUUGUAUAAAGGAUAACAUUGAAGAUGAUUGUAAGAAGGAUAACAUUAAAGAUGAUGAUUGUAAGAAGGAUAACAUUGAUGAUGAUGAUUGUAAGAAGGAUAACACUAAAGAUGAUGAUUGUAAGAAGGACAACAUUAAAGAUGAUGAUUGUAAGAAGGAUAACAUUAAAGAUGAUGAUUGUAAGAAGGAUAACAUUGAUGAUGAUGAUUGUAAGAAGGAUAACAUUAAAGAUGAUGAUUGUAAGAAGGAUAACAUUAAAGAUGAUGUUUGUAAGAAGGAUAACAUUAAAGAAGAUGAUUGUAUGAAGGAUAAAAUCGAAGAUGAUGUUUGUAAGAAGGAUAACAUUGAAGAUGAUGAAUGUGUUUUAGAAAAUGAAAUUCAGGAAAUGAAUAAAGAAAGUUCUGAUAUGGAUAUGGAGAUUGAUCAAUCUGAUGAAGAUGUGGAAGUAACAAGUACAUCAUCAGUAAAAGUUAACUUGAAGAAAAAAAAGAAAAAACCGUGGACAGAAGAACAGAAUCUUGUGCUAAAGGAGAAUUUUUCUUCUUAUCUUAAACAUGAAAACAUUGCAGUACGUAAUGAGGACAUCAGAAAUAUGUUAGCCAAAUUUAAGUGUUUGAAUGGACGCACACUUCCGCAGAUCAGAUCCAAAUUAAAUAAUAUGAAACUCGGCAAAUGUAAAUGA